AUGGUGGAUGUGCCUUUGGAAUCGCUUCAUCCGGGCAUGGUGAAGGUUCAGCCGGGGGAGGAGGUGGUGGUUUGCACCCUCUGGACGCUCAUGCUCUUCCCAGAUGACUCUGUUCUCAGGCACAACCCACGAGAUGCCGUGCUUAAGUGGAUCCAGGCCCUCAAGCCCCGCCUCGUCCUUCUAGCAGAGGUAGACGCGGCCCUCAACGGCCCCUUCUUCCUCGCCCGCGUGCGCGAGACCUUCCGAUCCAUGCUCGCUUUCAUCUCAGCCUUUCAUGCCGCCAAGCCCGAUGCCUUAAUCUCGCCCGUCCAUUCCAUGUGGGAGGCGGUGCUGUUCCGCGAGCUCAUCAACUGCGUCGGAUGCGAGGGGAUCCAACGGCUGAUACGCGCCGAGAGGCUGGAGCAGUAG